AUGUCUGACGAUUUACAAAAUGCCACUCCAGAUUUGGUGAUCAACAUUGGUGGCCAACCUGAGGAAAAUGUUCCUGAACCUGAAGAAAUCAUAGAAGAAGUUCCUCAAGAACCGGUGUCUGACGAAAAACCAGCGUUUUCGGGCAUCAGCACUGAAGAAGAAGAAAAAGAACGUGCCAGAAAAGAAUUUGAAGAAGGUGGUGGAUUGCCAGAACAACCAGACGAACCAGACUUCACCCAAUUGACUGCGUCAUCCCCAGAAAUUAUCAAUAGACAAGCCACCAUCAACAUUGGUACCAUUGGUCAUGUCGCCCACGGGAAGUCCACCGUUGUAAAGGCGAUUUCCUCUAAGAAUACCGUCAGAUUCAAGAACGAAUUGGAAAGAAAUAUCACCAUCAAGUUGGGUUACGCCAACGCCAAGAUCUACAAGUGUGAAAACUGUCCAGAACCAGAUUGUUACAGAUCUUUCUCUUCGGAUAAGGAAAUACAUCCAAAAUGUCAAAAUUGUGACGGUCGUUAUAACUUGGUCAGACAUGUGUCGUUUGUCGAUUGUCCAGGGCACGAUAUUUUGAUGAGUACUAUGUUGUCAGGGGCCGCGGUUAUGGAUGCUGCUCUCUUGUUGAUUGCCGGUAAUGAAUCUUGUCCACAACCCCAAACUUCUGAACAUUUGGCCGCCAUUGAAAUCAUGAAGUUGAAACACAUUAUCAUUUUGCAAAAUAAGGUGGAUUUGAUGAGACAAGACGCGGCACUUGAGCAUCAAAAAUCUAUCAAGAAGUUCAUUAGAGGUACUGUUGCCGAUGGUGCCCCAAUUGUUCCAAUUUCUGCCCAAUUGAAAUAUAAUAUUGACGCCGUCAAUGAAUUCAUAGUAAAGUCGAUUCCUGUGCCAGUUAGAGAUCUCACCACUUCCCCACGUCUUAUGGUUAUUAGAUCUUUUGAUGUCAACAAGCCAGGUUCUGAAGUGGACGAAUUAAAGGGUGGUGUUGCUGGUGGGUCGAUUUUGUCAGGGGUUUUCAAGUUGGGUGACGAAAUUGAAAUUAGACCAGGUUUGGUGUCUAAGGAAGAUAACGGUGCCAUCAAAUGUAAACCAAUUUUUUCCAAGAUUGUUUCUUUGAAUGCCGAAGACAAUUCUCUUAAAUUCGCGGUGCCUGGUGGGUUGAUUGGUGUCGGUACCAAAAUUGAUCCUGCGUUAUGUAGAGCCGAUAGACUUUUGGGGCAAAUCGUCGGGGCCAAGGGUCACUUGCCUUCCACUUAUGUCGAUAUUGAAAUCAACUACUUUUUGUUGAGAAGAUUGUUGGGGGUCAAGGCCGAAGGUUCCAAGCAAGCCAAGGUUAGAAAGUUGGAUGUUGAUGAAUUGCUCAUGGUCAACAUUGGUUCCAGUGCCAUUGGUGCCAGAGUUUCUGCGGUCAAGGCUGAUAUGGCAAGAUUACAAUUGGGUUCCCCAGCUUGUACCGAAGUUAAUGAAAAGAUUGCGUUAUCUAGAAGAAUCGACAAGCACUGGCGUUUGAUUGGUUGGGCCACCAUCAAGAAGGGUCGUGUUUUGGAAGCCUAA